UUCAAAAGAUUCAAUGUGAGAGUAUAUUUAAAAACAAAGAACUUUUAAAGCGGUGUAUUGGUAAAAAAUGUCUUCGAGAAGGUUUCCAGACGAGGACAAGUAGAUCCACCAAAUCAAGGUAUGAAGCUGUGUGUGUUUCGAAAAAUUGUUCUUGGUUACUAAGAGCAAAAGCAAUUAAAAAUACUGAUGGACUUUUCCAAGUGAAUAAAUUUGUUGAUGUACACACAUGUUCUUCAACAUUGUUGCAACCUAAUCAUCGACAAGCAAACAAAUAUGUUUUGGGUGAAUAUGUUGCUGAUGUUUUGGCUGAAGACUAUAGUAGAGUUUAUCGGGGAAAAGAAAUUGUUAAUGAUAUGAAUGCUCAAUUGAAUAUCAAUAUCUCAUACCAUCAGGCAUGGCGUGCGAAACAAUAUGCAUUGUUGUCGUUAAGGGGUACGAAAGAGGAUUCUUUUACCAAACUUCCGGCGUAUUGUCACAACUUGGCCAAACAUAAUCCGGGUACUGUCACACAUAUUAAAACAGAUGCUGAUGAUCGGUUUGAGUUUUUGUACGUCGCACUCGGUUGCUCGGUACGAGCUUUUGUCAAUUUUUGUAAGCCGACCCUAGUAGUAGAUGGAGCUCACCUAAAGGGUGAGUUCAAAGGUACCAUGCUACUUGCAGUUACUAAGGACGGACAAAAUCAAAUAUUACCGGUUGCAUAUGGUAUAUGCAAAAAUGAGUGUACUGAUUCUUGGACAUGGUUUUUUCAAAAACUACGUGAUUGCAUAGGAAAUAUGCAGGAGCUUACAAUUAUAUCUGAUAGGUCUCCAUCUAUAGCAACAUCCGUUGCCAACAUUUUUCCUCACGCUCAUCAUGGAAUAUGUGGUGUCCAUUUGUAUUUCAACAUAGUAUCUAGAUUCAGCAAGAGUAAGACGGUUAAAGGAAUUUUUUGGGAGGCGUGUAGGGCGUACACAGUUGAUGCUUUUGAUGCUGCCAUGGAUGUUAUGAAAAAGACAAAAGAACCAGUAUGGGAGUACUUAAAAAGUAUAAAUCCAGAAACCUGGUCAAGGGCACAUUUUAAAGGGAACCGAUACAAUCUUAUGUCGUCCAACAGUGCGGAGUCUAUAAAUGCAUUAUCUAGACACGCACGUAAGGUGCCAAUACUUAUGUUGAUUGAUUUUUUUCGUGCUACAAUGCAACAAUGGUGGUUUCAAAGACGUAACUUUGCAGGUAUUACGUAAAUUUGUAAUAUUAAUGUUUUAUUAGUUUCGAUGUUAUUGAUUUUAACUUCUUCAUUUUGGCUGUUUUUUUAGCGGAAGCAACAACAACACUUACCCCUUGGGCGGAUGAAGUUGUAAAAGAAAACAAGAAAAUUUUUACCAAAUGGGAUGUUCGCAUGAUCUCAAAUACGAAAUGCGAGGUCAAAAAGGGGGCACAAAAUGUGAUUGUUGAUUUUCAACAUAUGACAUGUACAUGUAGGCAUUGGCAACUUGAUGGGAUACCUUGUGGUCAUGUCAUAAGAUGUUUAACAGUGAACAAUUACCAAGACUGCUCGAGGUUUGCAUUAAAUGCUUACUUUACCGAAACACUGAGGAAAACAUAUGAGGAAUCAGUAAACCCUCUGCCGAAGCCAUCCGAAUGGGAGAUCCCCGAUGAUUUGAUGAUUGUUAAGCCACCUAUAAUGGAUAAACGUCAGCCAGGCAGGCCAAGAAACACAGACCGCAUUCCAUCCCAAGGCGAGGGUCCAAUUAUAAAAGAGUGUUCUACAUGUGGUCACCUAGGACACACGAGAAAUAAUUGUACUGGAAGGGCGUCUGGUAGCAGAGCAGGUCACAUAAUUUCUACUGCAGAAAUGGCAUAUAAUAUUGGUGGUUCAGCGGGUUGCUCACAAACCCAUAACGCUGAUUUUGAUAUAAAACAACCUUGAAAUUAAGAGUAAUGACGAGUUGUUAGCUUAUUAUGUAUUGUAAUAUUUUUAUUAACUCUUACAAGACAUUGCUAUGCUUUCAUAUUUUAGUUAAGUUUGUUGAUUAUAACAAUGAAUGAAGCCUUUAUAUUAUAAAAUAUAGUUUGCAGAUUUAUUUUAAC